AUGACGACCACUCAACACCAGCAGAUGGUAUAGGAAUAUGUGUCCAUGGAGUUCUCCAGCUCCACCACCCACAUGGAGACCUUCUCCCAGACAACCAAGACCGUGGGAGGAAAUAAAGCAGUAUCCAGAACCCUGGUGCAGGAAACCCCCAAGCCCACCGUAUCCUGGAAGAGGAAAUGGGGAACUGCUAAGAUCUUCUAUAACAAAAUCAACAAGGAACACAUGCUAAGAUGAGAGUGGCUGACCUCAGGUGACUCAGACAACUACAGGCACAUUAUAAACAAUGAGCAUACAGAUGCCAUUACACCAUCCUUGCUGGUAACAGAGGCUGGGAGGAGGAGGAGGAGACAACAAAUGAAAAAGAUGCCAAUGAUUUGGGCCGAGGUACCCAAUAAGGACUUUGCAAAGGUCUGUAUGGACUAUGGUUUCCCUGACUCGAGAGGGCUGCUCAAGAAGCUCAAAAUGAUAAAGAGAAAGUGGGGAGAGAGGGGGGUCUCUCAGGUCAUUAGAAUUCUGAAGCCACUAGAAGAUGUAGAAACCAAUGACACCACCAAUGUCUUCACCUGCAUCAUGGAGCUGAAGGACCCCAUGUAGGUGGGAACCAAGUAUAUGCUGGUUAUUACUAACAUAAACAUGACCAAUGCCGAUACCUAAGGCCUGACUAUGGGAGAUAAGUGGAUAAACAUCAUGGCAGUUGAGAAUGAGAAUGCCUCGAAGUUCAUGGAAGAAGUGAAACUGGUGGCGAUGACCAUGCAGACAGCUGUGUUUGAGAUCCACUCCUCCAAGGAAGAGAAUGACUCUGUGUGAAAGUUCAACAGGAAGGAGCUGAAGAGGGAUCUCAGACUGUCUAAGGACAGUCUGACUCACAUAGUUAAGAUCGAAGAUGCCAGACUCAGCAGCAUGUGGGUUUUCUUCCCAGGCAGGAACCUGUUUCGAAAUGCAUGUGCAAAGGAGAAGAUCCACUCACAACUUGAAUGUGAGCUGAUGUCUAAGAGUGUGUCACUACCCUCAGAGAAAGAGAGACUACUGUCACAUAGCCUCAAGUACAGUGUGAGCCACAAAGGCAAGCAAACCGCGUGUGCCAUUAAUGAUGCACAGAGCAGAGAUGGUGGGGAAUACACCACAGUGGCCGUGGAGGAUGGGGACCCCACUGAAUACUGCAGUACUGCCCUCACUGUAGAAGAGAACACUGCAUUCUCUCUGCUGACCCAAACUGACCAAACUGUUUUACCCCAGCAUACCCUCAUUAGACUAGGGAAAGCUUACACGCACUGUAUUGUGGUGGUCAGUUCAGAGGGUGGUAGUGACCCACCUGAGACUGAGGAAGCCUUUCCUCAUAAUCCCAUAAAUCCACUGGCAGCUGAUGUAACCAGAGAAUUGGUGACUAUGAUGUAGAAUGUCCAUGCCCAGGAUGGGCCAGUGCUUGACUACUCUGUCAAGUGAAGGAAAAAAGGAAAUAAUCUGUGGUUACCAAUCAACAAGGACCCCAUUAAGGGAGAGGUACUAGGGACAGAAGUUCUGGGCCCAGAGGAGAGUAUACUGUGGAGACAGCACAGAGACUAUAAAUACUGAGUUAUAGCUGUAUAUAAGGCCACUCUAGGACAUCCCAGCAUGCCAAGCAGUUUGGUGGCAGUCAAGGGUCCUGUAGAACCUCCAGGCCUGGCACAGGGCCUAAACAUGUCUGAUUCCUCUAACUCAGUGGUUCUUAACCUCAUCUCCCUUGGCUGGUGUGAGCCUGCAGGGGACCCAGCAUCCAGCUACAUCCUUAAGAUGGGAGAUGAAAGCACCAAGAAGAGUACCAAGCAAAUGAAAGAUGCCAUCUUGGGUACCUGCUACCUGGCAGGGCAGGAGCCCCCAGUGUGGCCUCAGCACCUGGCUAGAGCCACACAGUGGUUCAGUGUUCAUACUGGGACAGCCCUCUGUAUGCACACAGUCUUCUCGGGCUCACCACCGCCCACUGUGACCUAGAAAGACAGCAGCAGCAUCAAGGGCUAAAAAACCAUCACCAAGGGCAAAAAUUAUCCCCAAUUCCUCAUUAGCAACACCAAAAGUUCUGACUAUGGACAAUAUCAGAUCUUGCUUCAGAAUGUGUUUGGAAACACACUAUGCCUGCUACAUGCUAGUAGCAGAUACAGGAAGAGGCCUGAGGGUAUGUGGUACUGCUACUACUACUUACCUCCUGCAAACCUACAGCUGUUUGAAGAGGCCCCCAACACUGUGACUCUGACGUAGAACCAUAAUCCUGAGCUCCAGGAAGAUGGUGAUGCCCAGUAUGUCACCUGAAGAGGGAUGAAAGUAGCCCCCACCUGGUUCACUGCAACUGUGUGUGCCCUCAGAAACCAGUACAUGGUGGCCAGCAGGAAAUGCUUCUUCAGAGUGGUGGCUCAAAAUGAGAUGAGUGACAGCGACCCACUGUCCUCCACAGAUACCUGGCUUGCCAAUAAGGACCAGAAUGAAGGAGGCUCAUGGUGCCCCCCCCCCCACCGCCACCGCCUCCUAUGCACUGAGAACCUGAGCACCAAGCUGAAGUUCUAUCAUCAGGACUGGCACCAUGCAUCCCACUUUUUGACCCUACUCAAGCCACUCGCUGUGGUCUGUGGCCAGCACUACACCAUGACUGGCACCUUCCACGGCUCACGGCGCUGCGCUAUCCACAAGGGUGAUGUCAACAUCACUGUUGAUUCAAAGUUCUGGCACAACUUCGCCGGCAGCAUGUGUAAACCAGUCAUGCCCCACCUAUGCACUAAAGGAUACUCACGCAGUGAGUAUUGCGUGUUGCUAAAGAAUGAACUAGGCAAGAACCAUAGAAGCUCCAUGCUGUCAUCCAUCCUGUCAAAGGGCAGGAGCUAA